AUGUCACAUGGUGGUUCUGCCCCAUAUGAUUAUGGGCCUCACAGAAAUGGUCCUCCACCAGGUCCUGCUUUUGGUCCACCCUUGAACUCCAAUGAGCACAACUCAAACCAGUAUGGCCCAAAUUCUUUUUCACUCAGGAAGGUCAAUUCAAUCCUUACUUGGGACCCAGCAACCCAGGGGGUCAUAGGAACCCGACCAAUUUACCACAUCAAUUUCCCAAUCCCCAUCAGCCUUCAAACAAAUCCUCACUAUCGCACCAACACCAAUCAAAACUUAUCCAUGUCUAACCCAACUCAAUCAAUACCUCUUCCAGUUUUUGACACUCUCAACACUCAAGCUCAACUGACCAAUGAAAACCAAGAGUGUGCACAAAUUGUUAGUAAUAAUGAUUCUUCCUUGAUUGGCCUGGUUGUAUACACAGCCCAGUGCCAUCAAGAGAUUGUUCAGAAAAUCAAAGAACUCUCAGCUUCCACUCCUUCUCCGACUCAUGAUACACCAAGCACCAACACCUCAGAUGUUCUUGUUCCGCGGUGGAAACCCAGGGAGGAGCUCAAGAAAUUUUGUACGGAUGCGCUCCUAGAGUCUAUUGGUAAUCCUGACCUUCAAGCAUACACCAAUACCAAAGGUGUAAUAACCCUGGCAGGCCAGAAAAAGACACUUAGUCAGUCAUUAGAGAUGGUUGUUACUAUCCUGCUUGGAAGGCCAGAAACUUUCCGACUGGAUCUGAAGCUCGGUUUCCCAAGGAAGUUGUCAAUCACAUCAAGCAAAAAGCCAAAAGCACUCGAGAGCACUUACAUGCUAUUCUCCGCCACAAUGCUAGCUCCAAACACGACUCUACAGACAACCCACUUCCAACUUUACAAGACCUCUUCGUCUCAUCUAUCAUACUUUACAUAG